CACACACACUCGCGUGAUCCAACCUAACUGAUCUCUGGUUGAACAUCGCGUUUUAAAUCGCCAACAGUAUCAUCAACAAUCAACAACUUUAUGUAGCUAACAAACUAGCAAGAACGUUUGCUAUAACGAUGUAGAAUGUAUUUUCACGAACAUCUACUUAGACAAAUGUAAUAUUAUAUCAAUUGUUCGAGACAAUAAGAUUGUUUGUGUGAAUGCGGAAGUUAAUUCGAAAUUUUUGUUGAUAAUAAUUUAGCAAAGAGAUAAACAAUCUUUAAUGAUGACAUCUGAAGAUACCAACCAUACAGCAGUGAUUACUUUAGAAGAGAGCGAACAGCCCGCAAUAAAUACUCUGCAGCAGCAAGAAAAUGUUAUGAAGGAUUCAAACUCACCCAAAUUGCAGACUCAAAGUCGAAAUACAAAUAUCACGAGAAUACAACAACGUAAGCAGCAAAUGUGCAAUUGGCCGCGAGUCAGAAAAUUGCUAAAACUUGCUGCUUACAGUACUUGCCAGUUGGAGGAGUGCAAAUGUCCCAACUGGAAAAGUGUGCAAACAGUUGCAAGUUUACAGAAGGGCGAGCUUCAGCAGCAACCUAUUAUAAAUUUCUACGAUCCGUGCAAGAUAUGUACUCACUCUUUAGAAAGUCACAUCAAACAUCUGCCAAACCAGUCUGAUGAAGAACUCAAUAGACUGUUGAGAAUGGCUAUUGAUGUAGACAAUAUAUAUUUUAGUUUACAAUCGGAGAAGGACAUUGACACCAGAAAAGUGUAUUAUUAUUUGUACAAAGUGUUGAGAAGAAGCAUAUGGUCUAUGACAAAUCCAAUUGUUGAGAAUCCAUUUAAACAACCACCAUUUGAAGUCCCUAACAUAGCAAAGGCGGUGACAAAUUUUGUUUUAUACAGAUUCAGCCAUUUACCUCCUCGAGAAUGGCAGGUGAUGUGUGAUAUGGCUAAGAUGUUUCUGCAUUGUCUAACGUAUUGGAAUUUUGAAGCUCCCAGCACCAGAAACACAAUAGUCAGUUCAGAAGAGGCUGCUAUAUAUAAAGCUACUUAUACCCAUUGGCUUGCCUUCUGUCAUGUACCUGCGUUUUGUGAAUCCUUAAGAUAUUACAACACUCCUCUGGUUUUCGGAAAGCAGAUGUUGCGAGCUAUAUUUAAGCCAUUCUGCAGACAAGUGAUGGACAAAAUGAACAAUGAAAGAGACAAAAUGACACCUAACAAGCGAAUAAUGGUCUUAACCCAUUUUCCCAAAUGGAACACAAAGCGUGAUAUUUUAUACUUUAGGUUCCUUUCGAUGUUAGAAACGGAGAUUUAUUCUGAUACCUCACCUAUUUGGGAUCCCGACUUCAAGCAGGCGCUACCUUCUCAUGUGCAACAAAGUAAUGCGGAAUCAAGGCGACUGCAAGCAAGAAAAUCAGGAGAAUUUGAGAGAGUUACUGUCACGCCAAAUGAGAAGGACAAUUACACAACGAUAAAUAUUAGCCCGGGAAUAAGAAAACUUCCUGAAAAGCGUUCUCUUCACUCUGAGAGUCGUUUUGACGUGAAGAAACGAAAACCCGACGAAGCUUUUGAGGAUUUGUCGGACGAGACUAUCGCUAAAAUUGUUGCGACUAUCAACGACCCGACGUAUAUGUACGGUCCGGAUGCGGUAUUCCCGCCAGACGUUCCGAGAGAUGAAACCGCCAAGAUCGAGGAAAGUAGAAAGAUCAUAGAGUUUCACGUUGUUGGAAAUAGUCUCACGCAGUCUGUGUCGAAGCAGACUAUGCUUUGGCUCAUAGGAUUACAUAACGUAUUCAGUCAUCAAUUAGUCAGAAUGCCCAAAGAAUACAUAUCUCAGUUUGUUUUUGAUCCGAAGCACAAAACGUUGGCUCUGAUAAAGGGUGGUCGUCCGAUCGGCGGUAUUUGUUUCCGCAUGUUUCCCACGCAGGGAUUUACCGAGAUAGUGUUCUGUGCGGUAACGAGCCAGGAGCAAGUGAAAGGUUACGGAACGCAUCUGAUGAACAUGCUCAAAGACUAUCAUAUUAAAAAUAACGUGCUGCAUUUUCUAACGUUCGCGGACGAGUUCGCUAUCGGAUACUUCAAGAAGCAGGGAUUCAGCAAGGACAUAAAACUGCCGAAAUUGAUGUAUCAGGGAUACAUAAAGGAUUACGAGGGCGCGACGCUGAUGCAUUGCGAAUUGAACGCUAAAAUUGUAUAUACCGAAUUCACGGCAGUUCUUAGGAAACAAAAGGAGAUAGUGAAAAAAUUGAUUUAUCAGAGACAACAGGAGAUACAAAAGGUUCAUCCUGGAUUAACGUGUUUCAAAGAAGGAGUGAAAGGCAUUCCGUUGGAGGCCAUACCGGGUAUUCGGGAAACCGGUUGGAAAAAUUACGCGCAAUCGAAAACGAGAGGCGUGACGAAGGGAACGACGCAGACCUCGGAACUUAUGGACCAUGUGGACAUGUCGGAUUCUCUGUACAACGCUUUGAACAGCGUUUUGAAUAGCGUGAAAAAUCACAGCACAGCUUGGCCAUUUUUAGAACCCGUGGACAGAGACGAAGUUCCGGAUUAUUACGACCACAUAAAGUAUCCUAUGGAUCUCAGGACUAUGGAAAACCGUUUGAAAGCCAGAUAUUAUGUAACUAAAAGAUUAUUCAUAGCGGACAUGACGCGAAUAUUUACCAAUUGUAGAUUGUACAAUAGUCUCGAUACUGAUUAUUAUCGAUGUGCUAACGCUCUGGAAAAGUAUUUUCAAACGCGCAUGAAGGAACUUGGCUUGUGGGACAAUUGAAGCUGCGUUCAAAUUGAGAAGAGAAACCGAAGAGAACGAAAACCCGUCAGUUUCGCG